AUGACGACCACUCUCGCCAGAAAGCCAAAGCACAGGAUGGGCAACGACCAGCACCUCCGCAGCAGCGCUGGCGUGGCGAGGUACAGGCUGGCGCUCAGCAGGACGGACGCCGCGGACAGGGCGACGGCGGACUACGCCCAGGGCCAGCGGGCCCAGGGGUCGCGCGAGACCGCGAGGCGGGCGCACCAGCCUGGCACGCGGGCGAGGUCGGCGAGGAGGCGGGUCAGCAUGAAGGGCAUAUUGGGCGGGCGCCGAAGAAGGAGUUUGUCGUGGCAUCGCGGCAUGCGUCGAGCGUGCAGAUGGUCAGGGUGCCAGGCAUGA